AAAGCAAUACGACAGCUGAAGGAAAUUAUUACCAGGUCUGGAUCGCCACUAAAGAAACAUGGAUUAUAAAUCAACGGUAUUUUAAACGGAAUGCCCGGUUGCUAGGGGGAUGCGAGUCUUCCGUUUCCGGUGGGGGCGGGCGCUCGGCCGUUGGCGCGCAGACGGCGAUGGCGAUGGCGACGGCGACGGCGGUGGUGCGGAACGGCUCGGCACCGGGCGGCGAGGCCGGCGUUAGCCCGCCCAGCCCCAAAAGGCUGCGGCCAGGCGAGCCGACCGCGUCCGGAGGUCUGCGGGAGCCCGGCAACCGGGUGACAGUGGUGCUCGGCGCCCAGUGGGGAGACGAGGGCAAGGGCAAGGUGGUGGACGUGCUGGCGCAGGACGCCGAGCUGGUGUGCCGCUGCCAGGGUGGAAAUAAUGCCGGGCACACAGUUGUGGUAGAUUCGGUAGAGUACAACUUUCACCUCUUGCCCAGCGGGGUCAUCAACAAGAAUGCCACGUCCUUCAUCGGCAAUGGGGUGGUUAUCCACCUUCCUGGACUGUUCGAGGAAGCUGAGAAAAACCUCUGUAGGGGAAAAGGUCUGGAAGGCUGGGAAUCAAGGACAGUGAUCUCGGACAGAGCGCACAUUGUGUUUGACUUCCACCAGGCAGUCGACGGUGCUCAGGAACAGCAGCGGCAGGAGCAGGCCGGCAAAAACCUCGGCACCACAAAGAAAGGGAUUGGCCCAGUGUACGCCUCGAAAGCCUCCCGUACCGGCCUCCGCAUCUGCGACCUGCUCUCAGACUUCGAUGAGUUCACGAAGCGCUUCAGGGUCCUUGCCAACCAGUACAAAUCCAUGUACCCCAUGCUGAGUAUCGACAUCGAGGGCGAGCUAGAAAAACUGAAGGUCUACGCUGAGCGCGUGCGGCCGCUGGUGAAGGAUGGCGUAUACUUCAUGUACAAGGCUCUGCAUGGACCGCCCAAGAAGAUCCUUGUGGAAGGUGCCAAUGCCACACUUUUGGACAUCGACUUCGGUACCUACCCUUUCGUGACCUCCUCGAACUGCACAGUGGGCGGUGUGUGCACAGGGCUGGGGAUCCCCCCUCACUAUAUCGGCAAGGUCUACGGGGUGGUGAAAGCCUACACCACCAGGGUGGGAGUCGGGGCCUUCCCCACAGAGCAGAACAACGAGCUUGGCGAGCUGCUCCAGACCCGGGGCCGGGAGUUCGGAGUGACCACAGGCCGCAGGAGGCGCUGCGGCUGGCUGGACCUGGUGCUGGUGAAAUACGCCCACAUGAUCAAUGGCUUCUCGGCGCUUGCUCUGACCAAGUUGGAUAUCCUGGACACGCUUCAAGAAAUAAAGGUUGGAGUGGGAUACAAGCUGGAGGGCAAGACCAUCCCUUACUUCCCAGCCAACCAGGAGGUGCUGAAUAAAAUCCAGGUGGAUUACGUGACGCUGCCAGGCUGGGGCACGAGCACUGAGGGCGUGCGAUCCUUUGGCGAGCUACCGGAGAAUGCCAGGAAGUACGUGGAGUUCAUUGAGGAGCACGUCGGGGUGCCAAUUAAGUGGAUUGGGAUUGGCCAAUCCCGGGAGUGCAUGAUCCAGCUGUUCUGAACGUCUGGAAUCACAAAGACCCCUUCUCCCUUCCCCCACCCCCACUCCCAACCAUCCCACCUCGCCAACCUCUGACAGUAAGCCCCUGAAGCAGACCGGUCAAUGGAAAACCCAGCCUGUCCGGCCAGCGCUGGGGUGUCGACUGACGGCCAGAUCCCGAGGGAAACGCAGCUGGUGUGGACCAAACCAUCGGGCAUUUCACUGAGGAUCAAAGCAACCAAGAAAAAGAGACCCCUGCAUCAUCAGGGGCUUAUUUUUGUAUCUUAUUUCUUAACAGAAUCAACACGAUCUUUGUGAAAGUAUCUUUAGAUUUCAACAAUCACACUCGCGGUGGCGUGGCAGAAGUAUUAGUGAGUUCACUCGGUCCAGUGAGAUGUUGUGUCUGGGUCACCGCAGCUGGUAUCUGUCUUGUUUCUUUCAUGCUGGAGGGUAGGGGGAAGUCGGCCAGGGUCCCGGGUUAGAGGGGGGAAUCCAGCCAGGGCUCCCGCCCCCCAUCACUGCCCAGUGACCCCUGGGGUAGAGAGAGGGGAAAUCAGCCAGGGUUCCUGCUCCCCAUCACUGCCCAGUGACCCCUGGGUUGGCGGCAGGGGAUGGGUGGAAUUAGCCAGGGGUCCUGGGUUAGAGAGUUACUACUGAUCCUGAAAGCUGGAGCUAUCUGGGUCAGUGUCCCCGUGCUGUUCCUCGCCUCUCCCCUGGUACCAACCCACGGAUCGCCUCUCGCAAGCUGCUUCCGAAGGCAGUGGCUCUGCUGACAGUCCCCAACCGCUGAAUCACGAGUCGGCAGUGACCGGAUCCUUUAAAUCCCCAGCAGAUCAGCCAGCUUGUGGCAUUCCCAACCCUGGUGCUCUCAGAAUCGACUCCCUCGGAAGCCCCAGGCCGGAACCUCGGGUGUCAGCCCCCCUGGAAACCAAAGACCCCCUGGACCCGGUGUUCCCUCUGUCCACACAGCACCACUGCCCCUCCCAGGCUUGGCUGGGAGGGUGACGCCAGUAGUUCCCUUCCCCUUUGUCCGCUACCCUGUCGUGGUGGGGCAGAGGAGUGAUGACAGAGCCUUACACUAGUAUUGCUGCUAUAUGCCAGCACCGAUCUGGCUGCUUUCACUGACCACUGCACCUCUCUUCUGCUGAGACUGUCAUCGACGAACAUAGGGUGAGAGCCACAUCAGGGAAGUUGGAAAGAUUGACCAAAAGUCUUGGUCAAAGAGGUGGUUUUUAGGGAGGGAUUUCUGCAGUUUAGUGACUGUGGGGAUCUCUAGAUGAAGUCAGCAGACUAGAAACCAGAGUGGGGUGCAUAUGCUAUGGUUAAACACUCAGUAAUUGCCCCUCAUAGAGGCUAAUUCUUGCAUUUGCCAAUGUCUUGUUAAUUCCACAGCAGGCUCAGGCAGCCUGAGACUGCAGACUGUGUUCCACACUCCAUGUACAUCAUCUAUGCACUGAGAUGUAUUAAAAUAACUGAUGAUUCCUUUA